ACAGUCCUCAUGCUUACUUCAUUUGAAACGUUACUGGUAGGUUGUCAGAACGUUUGUAAAUGACGUGUUGGCUUAUAGUAAAAUACCUUUAUCUGUCUGCGCGUUUACGCUUGGACCGUUAACACGUUAUAUCCAAUGCAGGGGUUAUUAUUAUUAUUAUUAUUACUAUUUUUAUUUUUUAUUUUUUAAUAUAGAAUAUGAUGGAUAAGCAGGUAUAGGGUUCUAGGGUGGCUGACAUGGAUAGGGAUUUUAUAGUAGGACUAGGUGUAAAGCAUGAAGGAUAAAAUAUAGUUUAGGGUGAAGGGGUUUUUGAGUGUAAAUCUAUUGCCUGAUACACACUCCGGAGCAGAAGGUGGUGAUAAUUCACCAAUAAGCUGUAGACCACCCACUGUAAAACAAGAAGAAGAAGACGGUAUAUCCAAUCACAUGCGCAUAUUGCAUAUUGUGACGUGCUCUUGGAAGAAGGUCGCUGUGAUUUCAAAUUCUACAUGGGAAAAUCUGGGUUUGACGGCGUUCAAGAGCAGGUAAGCGUUUCAUUAUACCUUUAUAUUUUUAACUGAAUGUAUUAAUGCAACAAUACUGGAUGCCAACCGCCUUAAAAGCUAACAAGAAGAACUGAAUGCAUUGGAGACCUUUACAGUUAGUAGUAUUUGCAGUGUAAUUUUCGAGUCCUACUUUCAACAUGCAUGUUUGCAGUUCUAGCUGAAUGUUGCUAAUGCUUUAAGUUAGCCGGUGAAAUGGCGUCUGUUCAGACCUGGCGUCUGUUUGGGACUAAUUUGAGUUAGUGUUCUGUUAGAUAACAUAUUUGCUAGUUUGAGUAUUUAACGCUAAUAGCCCAGUGCAAAUGUAAUGUAAGACCAGCUAACAUUACCUAGCUGAUCUCGGCGAUGGCCUGUUUAGUUAGCAAACAAUUGAGCUAAUUCGACAUUUACGGCGGUCCGUAAAGCAUCUUUGUUCAUGUCCUUUUAGCUAGCAUUGUUGCCAGCGCCUCUUUUGAAAGCUAACGUAUGUGGCGCUCUUUUGAAAGCUGUAAAUUCACCUUGUCCACGUCCUAAUGAGAUAUCAACAUGCUGGUUAAAAUAUGCAUCAUAAAUAUGAUAUAAAAUAGUUGUGUGGUCUUCAUUUGGUUUUUGGUGUUUGACAAACUGGAGCUAGCAAGCCUUUUCAAGCUAGCAUUGUUGGCGCCUUAUUUGAAAGCAUUUAACUAAAUAUUAUUUCCAUUAGAAAUACAAAAACUCAACUUUUUCCCCCAAAAUCCUCUAGCAUUAUUACUCUAUACCUGGUGUAAUCGUGGCCUUAAAAAAAUUAAAUAAAUAAAUUAAUUGGCUUUGGCUUCGCGCCAGUGCAUUGUGUAAUCAAUAUUAAUCAAGAGUAUUUCUCUGUAUUUUCACCAAAUACUGACUUAAAUUGAUUUUCUUUUGCGGAGUUCUCUACAUUUGGCGCAACAGCUCAAAUGGAAACUAGAGCACAAGAUCAGACUGAAGAUCAUGUAUGCCAGGGCUGUGUAGGUGGAGAAUGGAAGGGAGAUGGAGGGUACAGUUCCCGAUAAUUGGAUAGACAUAAGGAAGAAAACCGUUAGAUGGCCAAAGACUAAAACGACAGAAGCUUUCAAGAUGAACAAGAACCCCCAGGAAGACUGGCUGAUGUUCCUGUUAAAUCAAGAGAAAAAUGACUUCAGAAUUUGAUGACUUGGAGGAGGAGGAGAAGAGCAUGAUGGGUGACAAGCUGCCCCCCUUUCCCGUUGCACCAACAAAGUUAAAGUCCAUUCAGACCGAGGCGGCUGGACCUAGCGAAAAUUCAACUGCUUACUCUGAAAAUCCAGCCUUGUCUGGCCUGGUGGAGCGUGCUGGGUCUCGGGGCAGGGAAAUGUCCACAUCCACUCCAGGCACAACGACAGGUCCAGGCACAGAGACGGCUCCAGGCACAGCAACAGUUCCAGGCACAGCGACAGAUCAGGGCACAGCGUCAGGUCCAGGCACAGCGUUGGCUCAAGGUACAGCGAAAGGUCCAGGCAUGGUGUGGGGUCCAGGCACAGCGUUGGCUCAAGGUACAGCGACAGCUCCAGGCACAGCGUCAGGUCCAGGCACAGUGACGGCUCCAGGCACAGCGUCAGGUCCAGGCACAGCGAUAGGUCAGGGCACAGCGACAGGCCGAGCCAUGGUACUGCAGAUGCAGGGUCUCAGAGGGCAACAGACAUAUUCCCAAUGCCCACAGCAAGAGGUCCACAUGGAGGUCAGACGCCUUGGCAGAAGUGAACCUGCCCUUUCAGCCACCCGUGUUGAGAGGUUGGAGACCAUGGAGGACUUCCAUUCGACCCAGUGUACCGAAAACAGCUGACGGUUAGUAGCCUACCGAAAAUGAAAACAGGCGAACCGCAGUUCAUAUAUUAGCACAUUAUUUUAUUUCAAUUGAAUGUAGUUCUCCAGUUUAAAACUUAACCCAGCUCUUUGCAUGAUAUCGGCUAAUGUAGCCUAAAUAAAACAUGAAUGAAAGUUUUCAGUAUGCAUUUCCCAACGGAUUCUGUACCAAUAAA